GCGGAAUAGCCAUCCAAACUGAUGAUGCUUCGACUUUCUGGGAAGUUUAUCGCAAGAUGUCGGGGGAUGUUUUGCGCGACGAGCGAGUACUAUGCUCUCGGACGAAAUGACUUGCUUAUCGUGGCAAAAGUUGGUGAAAUUUUGGGUUGAAUUUUAAUCAAGUGUUAAAAAGAAUUAAUCAAAAAAAAAAAAAAAAUCCGACGAGUGAUGUAUAGUGCAUCGAAGAAUAUAAACCAGUGAAUAUCGUGUUUGUAAAGUCACAAAGUAAUACCCAGUACACAAAGGAUCUCGUGCAGUGAUUGGUCUGGCAAGUUCUACGUCUCCUUGAUAAACGACUAUCUUUUUGCAACCAUCUCUUUAUAAUUAAUCAAAUUUCUCGACUUUCUAUAAAUCUUGGCCAUCAACUAAAAUCUUCACUAAAUAAAGAUCUCUCGAUUAAAACCGAAACAUUGAAGCCGAUAGAGAAUGGGUGGAAAGGCAAGCACAGUCGCACAGUCUGGGAACGGGCAAUCCUCGGGAGCCAACGAAAUACAGGGGUUCUCAAUACUCCGAUCGUUGCCCGGGGUCAUACAACAGGCACAAUCACAAACGUCGCGUGGCGACAGUAGACAAAGAGCCAGGUCGUUGAGUUCAGUCCCGGAUUUGUCUUCUGGAGAACAAGGGAUGGCCUCUUCGGUCGGUGUCAGUGUUGGUCAGGCUUUGGGGCUUCCUCAGCUCGAUUCUGACGACACUGACGACGACGGUGGUCGAGUUUAUGCCGCACACAGUCUACCCUCUCACAUUUGGUCCUUAAACGGUUUAAAGUGUCCUGUAUGCUCCAAGUUUAUCCUACCCGAUGACAUAGAGUGCCACUUGGUCAUGUGCCUAACCAAACCUCGUCUCAACUAUAAUGAGGAUGUCCUAGCAGACAAGAAAGGUGAAUGCGUUAUUUGCCUAGAAGAAUUGCAGCCUGGAGAUGUAAUAGCCCGCCUGCCUUGCCUUUGCAUAUAUCACAAAAACUGCAUUGACAGAUGGUUUCAAGUGAAUCGCAGCUGUCCUGAACAUCCUGGUGACUGAUUUGCAUUUGUGAGGUAGAUGAUAUACUGAAACAAAAAAAAAAUACUGGAACAAUUUGUGGCCCGUGGGACACUUGCCAAUAGAACGUGGAGCUAAGGAAAAUGCAAAUAUGAAAAAAAAAACUAGUCAAGGUGACCGCUAGUCCAAUGGUGGUUUGUGUGUAAUGUGGUAAUGGUGAAUGGUGAUCAGCCGACCUACUAAAAAACACAAUUGAAUUAAAAUGAAUUGAAUAUAGGGACAAAUAAAUGAAUCCUUAGUUGGUUAUUAAAAGGAGGACUUACAAAUCGCCAUAAGAUUCAUCAAUACAAUGCUAUUACUUAUACGUAUCUAUAAUUAAUCCAUUAUUACUCUAUCGCUUAUUAUGAAUUGUACCAUAUUUAUAAAUUUUACUUAGUUUUAUCUCUUGAAAUCUAUCCGACUCUAAGUGGAACCUUUUUGGAGAAGCAACUGGGUGGGAGGAUAGAAGAAAGUUGACAAGCAGAUGCCUAGGGGAGGCGAAAAAAUGAAAGAGGGGACCUAUAGAAAAGGUGUACUCCACCUAAUAAAUAAGUUGACUUCUGCUCUUAAAAUGAUUUUUAAUCAUAAAACGAUAAUGUGUUGUUUUUGUUGUUUGUUGGGGAUGUGCACUAGAAAGGAUAUUUUUGAUACUUUCAUAAAGGGAAGGACAGAAUGAUGUAUAAAGUUUAGAAGCAGAUGACUUAUCGUAAUGAUGUUGAAAUUAUAGUAAAAAAUCAAUAAAGGUUCUAAUUUAACCUUC